GGAACCUCCUUUUUAACCACAAACCGAAUUUGCUUUCAUUUAGGCCAUAUAUAUUUUUUAAAUAGUUUAAAGUCAUAGAGAUUUUUUUGGAAAAGCAUUUCGCCCUGGAGCGGUGCGCGAUGCUUUCGCACGCCGACCUGCUGGAUGCUCGCCUCGGUGAGUUGUCAACGCCAAACUCCGGUCUGCAACUCUACUCAAUGCUCGGUGCAGAUUAUGAGCUCACUCAGUUUCGACCUGUUUUAUCUGCUUCAGGGAUGAAGGAUGCCGCGGCCGAGCUUCUGGGUCACAGGGAGGCAUUGAAAUGCAGGCUGGGCGGCGGCGGAACUGACCCGGGCCACCCCGGAGAACUCGACCCGGUCUCCGACGCAGUGGAAGGGGCCACCCUUCUCCCCGGAGACGAUAUCAACAGUGCUGGAUCCAAUCCGCCGGGUGUAGCGGUGAACAGUAAGGAACAGGAGAAGCAACAGCAGCAGCAGCAACAGAACCCCACCCAGUCCAGCGGCCAGCAGAGUCAGAAACAGAAACGGCACCGGACUCGCUUUACUCCGGCUCAGCUUAACGAGCUUGAACGCAGCUUCGCCAAAACCCACUAUCCGGACAUCUUCAUGCGCGAGGAGCUCGCGCUGCGGAUCGGCCUGACGGAAUCACGCGUGCAGGUUUGGUUUCAGAACCGACGCGCCAAAUGGAAGAAGCGCAAGAAGACCACCAACGUGUUUCGCGCUCCUGGCACUUUGCUGCCCACUCACCACGGCCUAGCGCAGUUCGGGUCCGCCGCGGCGGCCGCGGCAGCCAUGGGCGACAGCUUGUGCUCUUUCCAUGCUAAUGACACCCGAUGGGCGGCGGCCGGGAUGCCGGGAGUCUCCCAGCUGCAGUUACCGCCCGCCCUAGGCCGCCAACAAGCCAUGGCACAGUCUCUAUCCCAGUGCAGCUUGGGCGCCGGACCACCGCCCAACUCCAUGAGCCUGUCCAACAUGUCCUCCAACGGCUCCGGCCUCCAGUCCCACCUCUACCAACCCACCUUCCCCGGCAUGGUGCCCGCGUCGCUCUCUGGCCCCACCAACGUGACCGGCUCGCCUCAGCUGUGUAGCUCCCCGGACACUGACGUCUGGAGAGGGACGAGCAUCGCGUCCCUGCGCCGCAAAGCGCUGGAGCACACAGUGUCCAUGAGUUUCACCUAAUACUUUGAACGUGUUUCUCGUCCACCCGUCAUUUCUGGCCCAGUGACGCACAAGGAAGUCUAAGGAUAGGCCAACGACUGUCCUGUAGUAAACAUGAACUGUGCGCACCUGAUGGGAAUAAAACCUAAAGCAUCAUAGGCUGAAAACGCGAAAUGUAUUUAUUUAUGAUGUCCUAUUUAUUUAUUUAUUUAUUUAUUUAUUUA